AUGGUCGACUUUUACACCCUCUCCGCUCCCAAGCCCAAUGGCUCUUCAUACGACUUUGCCUCUCUCAAGGGUAAAGUCGUCCUUAUUGUAAACACUGCCUCCAAGUGUGGCUUCACUCCUCAAUUUGCUGAACUAGAGGAAUUGAACAAGAAGUACAAGGAUCAAGGAUUGGUCAUUUUGGGAUUCCCGUGUAAUCAAUUUGCUAGUCAGGACCCAGAGGGAGAUGAGGGGAUUGGAGCUUUCUGCACAAAGAACUACGGAGUCUCCUUUGACAUGCUCGCAAAGUCGGACGUGAAUGGCAGCAAUGCAAAUGAAGUCUUCAAGUGGCUAAAGGACCAGAAGAGUGGUCUGCUUGGCCUCAGCGGGAUCAAGUGGAACUUUACCAAGUUCCUCGUGGACAAGGAUGGAAAGGUGCAACAGCGUUACUCGCCCCAGACUAAGCCUCUUUCCAUUUCCAAUGAAAUCGAGAAGCUACUCAAGGCACCUUCUGCCGCCAAGUAA